AUGGCUUUGGUUGAUUACGGUGAUUCUGAUAUAUCUGACUCAGAUUGCGAUGCGGACGUUGUUCAGGAGACCAAUUCUAGAUCAAAACCUUCAAAAACCGUAUCAGAUUUUCAGGAUAAAGUGGAAGAUGAAUAUAAAAUGCGAAUACCCAAGAAUGUCAAACCUAUCAUUCAGCCUUUAAAUAUUCAGCGUAAAACUGGAUUAAAUGGAAAAGUAAUUCUUUCCAUUCCUACUGUUGAAGACCUAAAUUCCUCAGAUGAUAGCGAUGAUGACUUGCCGAAAAGAGUGCAGGAUCAAUUUAGGAGUAACAAGCCGAAAUCUUCCAAAAGUUUACUAGAUUUACUUCCUCCUACUCGCUCAUUAAUAGUUAGAGAAGGUGAUAAGCCUGUGCUUUCCCAACGGCUUGUACCUCGUCAAGCUACCAGAAGGCCACCUCCUCCUAAGCCUCUACCCUCAAAACCUGCUGGACCAAUUGCAGAGUUUGACGAGGAAAUCCUCGAUGAAUUACCCUCAGCAAACAGCUUCUUUACAUUCGAAGCAGCGGUUGAACCUUCCGCUUCAACUCUUUCAGCUGAAGAAAUCAGAAGAAAAACUAGAGAAGCAAUUUUGGCCUCAGAAGCGUCUGCAAUGUCCUCCACAGAAUCGACAGUUGCUCAAGGUCCUAGUUCCUCUACUUCGACUUCUGGAAAUUAUCUUCCACCUUUAAAGGAAAAACCCUUCUCGGAGUUGGAACUACAGAAAAGACCCCGUGCUCAGCAACAACAGGGUGACAGUGAUGGAGAAUUUGCACAUGAGGAUGAAGAGGAACCGUUGUUCACAGCCGAAACUUUUAUUCCUGGACCUGAGCGUAAAAAGGCCCGUAUGGCACUCAGUGGUGUUAGGGGUCCCUCCUCAGUUGAAGAUUUACUUGCGGCUGUACCUGGUGGACUUAACAUUCGCGAAAUUAAAGCUGCAGACUUGACCGCGGGGUCGGACUUGGAGCUAAUAAAGAAUGUCACUAAAGCCAGACCACCGAAGGUUGACCCCUCGCAACACGUGGUCGACAAUCCUGGUAAAUUGGCUUUCCGUAAACACCAGAUCACCUGGCUGGCCUACAAGGCCCAGGAGAAUGAAUAUGAACUUCAGGAACAGUGGGCUGAGGCAAGGCGGAAUAAAACUCUUAGCCGACAAAAGUACGGAUUUUGA